AUGCAGGUUCAAACAACACAAGAAAACGCUGCGCCGGCUCGUACCAAAUUCCGUAUCUUCACCAUGUUGAUUGCUUUAUACCUUUCCCUCUUUGUCGCUGCUCUAGAUCAAACCGUUCUUCAUUCAGCUUCGGGCUACACGUGGAUCGGAGGCGCCUAUCUCCUCGCUAAGGCGGCUUCAAUGCCCAUCUGGGCUAAAUUCUCGGAUAUCUGGGGCCGCAAACCAAUCAUCCUUGCAGGCCUCGUCCUCUUUUUCGCAAGCAGCAUUAUUUGCGCCCUCGCUCGCACCAUGACUGUCCUCAUCGUCGGCCGUGCUAUUCAAGGCGUUGGCGGUGGUGGUCUGCUCCAACUCGUCACCAUUACCAUUUCCGACGUUUUCUCCCUACGAAGACGCAGUCUCUUCCUUGGAAUCACAGAGAUCGUGUGGGCAGUGGCUGCCGGCGUAGGCCCCGUACUCGGCGGUGUGCUUGCAGAAAAGGUCUCCUGGCGCUGGAUCUUCUGGUUGAAUCUGCCCAUUACCGCAAGUGCCUUUGCACUCACGCUUUUCUUUCUUGACAUACACAAUCCGCGAACGGCCGUUCGGGAAGGACUGGUCGCUGUAGACUGGCUCGGCACUCUUACGAUACUUGGACUGACUUUGAUGAUCCUCCUCGGCCUGAACUUUGGUGGUGUGGAGGCGCCGUGGUCAUCCGCAAAGGUGAUCUGCCUUAUCGUUUUCGGUGCCCUGAUGUCUGUCUUCUUUGUCUACAGCGAGACAAAAUUGGCAGUGCGUCCGAUUAUGUUGAUGCAGCUUUUCCACGAUACGUCGAACGUCGCUGCUUUUGUAAGCAGCUUCGCGCACGGCUUCGUCUCCAUCGCAUUGGAGUAUUACCUCCCGCUGUUUUUCCAAGGCGCCAACCUGAUGAAUCCGACAAAGUCUGGCCUCAUGAUCCUUCCACUGAUCAUCACGGAAGCGCUAGCAGCUUUCUUGACGGGCAUCGUGAUACAUCAUACCGGCGACUACAAGCACGUCCUCAGCGUAGGAUUGGUAGUGAUGACGAUUGGCACUGCCUUGUUUACGCUGUUCCGCGCACAAACGUCGAUCGGGAUGAUCGCAGGACUGGGAGUCUUGGUCGGGGCAGGUGUGGGCUUGGGAUUUCAACCACCUAUAAUCGCUAUCCAAGCCAGAGCAUCUCAGAACAAUGUUGCGACAGCGACAGCGACAGUUGGGUUCCUGAACAACAUGGCAUACUCAUUAUCCAUUGUUAUCGGCGGCGUAGUUUUCCAGAACGGCAUCGCUAUGAGGGAAGAAAAGUUAAUCGAUGCGGGAAUAACGAGAGACCUGGCGAGAUUAUUGGCUGGGCCAGAUGCAGCUGCGAACAUCGACAAGAUCAGAGACAUUACCGAUGCAGGACAGCGGUUGGUCGUGAAAGAGGCAUUUGCCUGGGGUCUACGCAACCUAUGGAUUAUGUAUGCCUGCGUUGCGGGUUGUGGGGCUUUAGCUUCUUUGUUUAUCAAAAGAACCGUCUUGAGCAUGGACCACACAGAGACAAAGACAGGUCUCAGAAAGGACGAAUAGUUUGUAGCCAGAUGUUUCUUUGCACGGCAGCGUAUGGCAGCAGUACUACUUGCAAAAAAACGU